CAGCUCCAGGAGCUGCUGAACAUGGGGGACGAGGGAAAGCGUGUUGGGGCGCGGAGCCCCUCGGCGGGAACAUGCAGGUGUGAAGCCGGAGAGGGCAGCGAAACGGGGAGGUGAGGUUUGGUUGAACAACUCAAGGGCCCCAGAGCUCCAGUACGCUGCUGAAUUUGUUGGAGGAAAUUAUUUUGUGGACAAGAAUCGUGCUUCUCAAAUUUGGCUUGUGUGGCAGAUGCCAUCAGUAAUGAUAAACUACAGGAUGAGCACAAUACAGCCUCCUGGAGCAAUCAGUUUUACUUGAGAAGUCAAAAGGAAAAAGCCAAGUGAUUCACCUGUCUGAUUUGAAAUUUUUCGGAACAGUCUGCCCUCACCUCUGCCUUUUCAGGACCCUGUUCUUCAGAGGCAGCUGUGGAGGGAAGUGGAGUCCAGCAGAGAGGCAACGGGACUGAGGCUCCCAGCAGAGCUGCUCCUCUCGGGGGGGUUCUGCGUAGAGUGGCCGCAUCCCACCCUGGAGUGCUUGUUGCUCUGGCACACAAGGGUGUCUUUUGAGUGUUCAUCCAGCCCCUGCUCUGCGUUCUCAGCCCUGGGAAUGCAGCAGUGAAUGAAACAGUCAAGGUCCCUGCUUUUGUCAAGCCCAGAUCACGGUGGGGGAUACAACAGCAGCAUAAGCACGUAGGCUAACAGGCUGGUGUCAGAAAGCAGUUAAGUGCUUUGAAGAAAACAGAGCAAUACUGUCUUAUAGACUCUUAUCUGUGGAGCAGUGUUGUCUAGCAGAAACACAGGGCAACACACAUACUUAAUUUUUCCAGUAGCCCUUUUGAAAAAAGUAAAAACACAAAUUAUUAAGAUUAAUUUAGUAAUACAUUUUAUUUCACUCAAUAUAUCCAAAACAUGCCUAUUUCAACAUAUAAUCAAAAAAAAAUCAAGAUGUUUUACAUUUUCUGUUUAAUACUGAGGCUUCAAAAUCUAGUAUGUGUUUUACACAUGCUCCAAUUCUCAACUCAGACAGUUCAUUUUCAUCUGAGAUAUUUGAUCUGUUUUUAAAUUUCACAAAAUUUUCAACUGGGAAAGUAGAGCCACAUACCCAAGUUGUUCCAAACAUACUUUAUCCGUUUUUUAUUUUAAAUUGGUUAUAUAAAGUUAAAGUCUUCCAUUCCUCAGUUGGGGUACCCUCACUUUCAGUGCUCACUUGUCCCCUGUGCCCCGGGGCUUCUGUGCUGGACCGCGCAGGCCCUCAGGGUGGAGACUGUCACGAUGGGAGGGUGACAUUCAGCCUCGUCACCCCUGCUCUGCACUCGCUCGUCCGGGCUGUCCGCGUGUAGCCCUGGACUUCUGCAGGGCGGUCUAGUGGGUCCCCUCCUCAGCCCUUGCCUCCUUCUCCUCCCCCCACACACGUGUAGUUUACUCACUGCACAGUGGCCGGAAAGACUGUGGCUCCAUGUUAUGUCCUGUCACUCAACUCAAGUCCAGACUACUCCCCACAGUCUUCAGGACUUUUCCGGGCCCAGCCCCUCUUGACCUCAUUCACCCCGCACCCCACUCCCCGCCUGGCUGGCUCUCCCCUGCACACACCAAGCAAGCUCCUACCCCAGGUCCUUUGUACCUGGCACAUUCCUCUGCCUGCAACGUGCUUCCCCCAACUCCUACACGAGAGGCUCGUACAACAUUCAGACCUCUGCCCAGCAUCACUUCAGAGGCUUUCCCCAGCCACCUCAUCACCCUUAGCCCCGGUCCCCGUCUGGUUCUCUGCAUAGCAGUGACCUCAGCAAACAUGGACUUCUGUAUGGAUUUCCUUGUUAGAAUAUGAGGUGCCCGACUGCUUGCUUUUCCACUCUUACUCACCGCUCUGCCCACAGCAGCUGGAGCAGGGCCUGGCAUCUACCUGGCCCUCAGUAAAUGCUUAUCAAAUGGAUGAGCAGGUGUCUGCAUGGGUGGUGUUUGCCUCCUGCUCUGGAGCCUGCUGCAGUCUUAGGAGCCAACAGCAGUGGCCAUGGCCCUUUCCUGCCUCUUCUCAGGAGGCAGGAAUCCUCCAAAGAUAGUCUGACCUCCCCUCAACUGUGUGUGUGUUUCCAGGGUAAGGUGCCAAGGGGACCCUGAGACCACACAAAAGUCCAGCCAGUCUUGUGACUCUUCUUCUCCCCCUACCCCCUCUUCCCAGCGCUCUGCCUUGUUCCACUCGUGGAGCCUCACCAGGGAGGAGAGAAUGCCUGCCACACGGGGGAAAUCCAAGUCCAAGGCACCAGUGACAUUUGGGGAUUUGGCCAUUUACUUCUCCCAGGAAGAAUGGGAGUGGCUGAGCCCCAUGCAGAAGGAUUUGUACAAAGAGGUCAUGUUGGAGAACUACCACAACCUGGUCUCUGUUGGAUUUUCUCUUCGGAGGCCAAAUGUGAUCACUCUGUUGGAGCAAGGGAAGGCUCCCUGGAUCGUGGAGGCAGUGAGAAGACGCCGGGGCCCUGACUCAGGGUCUAAGUGUGAGAGCAAGAAAUCACCUCCAAAUCAAUGCAACAAAUCUGGGCAAAGCAUCCAGCAGAAACCAAUUUCUGAACAACAAAAAGUUCCCACAAGAAAGAGGGCCUGCAAAAGAAAUUCAGUCCUAAUAAAAUUGAAAAAAGGGCAUUCAGGGAAGAAAUCUUUAAAAUGUAAUGACUGUGGGAAAACCUUUAGGGGGAACUUAUCUCUUAAACUUCAUCAGAACUAUCAUACCAGAGAGAAGCCUUAUGAAUGCAGUAAUUGUACAAAAGCCUUCACACGGAUCUCAUCCCUUGUUCUUCAUCAGAGAAUUCAUAUAGCAAAGAAGAGCCAUGAAUGUGAUAAAUGUGGGGAAAACUUCAAUCAAAAAACACUUAUUCUGCAUGAGAAAAAUCAUGAUGAAAAGAAAACCUUUGUCUGUGGGAUGACUGUGAGUCAGUGCUCAUCUGGCAGUACACACCAGAAGAUUCGCAUUGUUGAGAAGGUCCACCAGUGCAGAAAAUGUGGCAAAGCUUUCAGUCUGUUAUCGUCCUUUUUGCUUCAUAAGAGAAUUCACAAUGAAAAGAAAAUCCAUAAAUGCAGUAAAUGUGGGAGAGGCUUCAAUAAGAAAUCAGUCCUUGUCAUACAUAAAAGAAUUCAUAGUGGAAAGAAAAGUCAAGAUGUUGAGAAGGCCUUAAGUCUGCAGCACGGAAGUCACACAUUAGAGAGUCCUUAUAAAUGCAGAAAAUGUAAGAAAUCCUUUGGUAGGGUUUCAUCCCUUAUGCUUCAUCAGAGAGUUCACAAUUCAGAGAAACCGUAUAAAUGUGAUAAAUGUGAGAAGGUCUUCAGACGACUUUCAACCCUUAUUCUGCAUCUGAGAGCUCAUAAUGGUGAGAAACAAUACAGAUGCAAUAAAUGUGAGAAGGUCUUUAAUCGGCAUGCAUCCCUUAUUCAACAUCAGAAAAUCCACACAAAGAAAAAGAAACGCUUUGAAUGUAAGGACUGUGGGAAGAUGUUUUCUGGUAUUGCAAAUCUUAAGAUACAUCAGAAUAUCCAUUCUGAAGAGAAACCUUUCAAAUGCAGUAAAUGUAGUAAAGUUUUUGGCCGCCAGUCAUUUCUUCUUGAACAUCAGAGAAUUCAUACUGGGGAAAAGCCCUAUCAGUGUGAGGAAUGUGGAAAAGCCUUCAGUCACCGAAUAUCCCUUACUCGACAUAAGAGAAUUCAUACUGAAGAUAGACCUUAUGAGUGUGACCAGUGUGGGAAGGCCUUCAGCCAGAGUGCACACCUUGCCCAACAUGAAAGAAUUCACACUGGAGAGAAACCAUAUACAUGCAAAAGAUGUGAGAAGGCCUUUAGUCAGCGCACAUCCCUUAUUCUGCAUGAAAGAAGUCAUACUGGAGAGAAGCCCUAUGAAUGUAAUGAAUGUGGGAAGGCAUUUAGCAGUGGCUCAGACCUUAUUCGACAUCAGAGAAGUCAUUCUUCUGAGAAACCUUAUGAAUGUAGUAAAUGUGGGAAGGCGUAUAGUCGGAGCUCAUCCCUUAUUCGACAUCAGAAUACACAUUCUGAAGAAAAAGCCUAGGGUGGUUCUCCAUCUGUAAAAGUGAAGGGUGUAACCGUCAAAGAAGCAGUGACAGAGGCUUUGGAAAAUGUGUUUGUCUGUAACACAUACGUUUUGUAGACAUGGGAUCAUUUGAUGGUAAAUGGUCCCACUUUGAAAGCCAAAGAGCAAAAGUCAACUUCUGACUUUUGAUGUGAGACUUUGAAAUCAGUGGAGGCAGUCACUUAUCACAGGUCUUCAGUUUCAAAGUAACAAGCUCAAAAGAUAGAAUCAGUCAGUCGUCAUGGUGGAAGACCAUUCUUCAUUUCAUAAGAUUCACUGAAUUCUAUUUGGCAGUGCAGUUUUAAAGUUAUUUUAGUCAAGUGCGAAGUGGAAUUGCGAAGUCCAUUUUUGUGGAUGGGGCUUUGAGCCUGAUUUAAGGCCUUACAAAGAAAGAGUUUGGGUCUUCAGAACUACAGCUAUCAAAUGUAAGGGAAUUCGUGGUCAACCAGGGUGUCACUUCUGAUCAACAGAAACUUGAAGGUGAGAAUAAAGAAGAGCAAGUCUUUAAGCGGGUGAACGUAUGGCAUUCGUAAUGGUGUGGAGCAGUAAUCAUUACUGUACAAGCUCCAUGGAUCUGAAGAUCUGUUAUCUUCAUGGUGUGGAAGUCUAACAUGGGUGAGACAGGCCAAGUGGAAGAGAACCAGGAUGUACCGAAGAAUGAUGAACUUAAAGUGCAGGGAGAAAAUUGUUACUAUUUUGUUUGAAAAUAAGUUGUCUAUAUUUAUAUAAUAAACAUCAGUAUUUUCUUGUAAGAACAUUGGUGUGGAAUAAAUUAUUUGUAAAAUGUGGGUGUGUGAAUCCAAUGAUGGCUUCAGUGUAGUGGCUUCAUGUAGUGUCUUCUUCCCAACAGCUUGGCUCCAUUAGGGAAACACUCUAGUGCCAAACUUAAAUGCAUACGCAUCCAGUUGUUUUAAAAAAUAGCCCAGAUAAGCAGUUUUUACCCAUUUGGAGUUAACCUGCUUUGCAUACACUCAGAAUCUUUUCCCAGCAGCUGUUCUAGAGAAUGACCUUACACUGCCUCAGCCCCUUGGAGCUAUGUAGUCUAGAGGUUUCCCAUAAUGCUGACUCUGUGACACCUGGUCAUGUAAGCCCUCCUUCCUCCCUCCCUUUCGCCUUUCCCCCAGGAGUUUUUGAGUUUUCCCUUGUCUGCGUCCCCUUUUCUGGGUGCCUUGCGCGCUGGCCUCUGGAAGGUUUCCGGCUGUGAGGGCCUGUCCCCCACAUGCAAACCUGUCAAAGCGGCAGCCCUAAUAAAUAGCUUAUGUGUUACUGCUGUCUAA